AGCAAAGGGAAGGUGGAAUCACGAGUGAGCUGCGGGAAAGUAUAAAAAGUGCUCUAACCUGAAGGAAAGAAUGAAAUAUUUGCUUUAUAUGCAAAUUAUGUCUGCACAGGUCUUACUUUCAGGUGCAUUUGAAGUUGCUGUGUCAAAGACCACAUUGGUAGGAAUCCACAAACAAAGUAUUGUCCUUGGAUGCCAUUUUACUGUUGAUAGUGAUUUGCCAUUGGACCAUAUAAUCAUCACCUGGCAACGUGCCAAGAACCGUGACGUGGUGCACAGUUAUUAUUACGGCAAAGACCAACUCAGUCUACAGAGUGAGCAGUAUUUGGGCAGAACAAGUCUAUUUCCAGAGGAAUUCAAACAUGGCAAUGCUUCAUUGAUGCUAACAGGAAUGAGAGCUGAGGAUGCUGGACAGUAUGUGUGUUUUGUCAGCAAUGUACUGGGAAGUGCCAAAGGGACAAUUUCAUUGAAGUUUGCAGCUUACUACUGGGAUCCACAACUGCUCAUCAAACUUCAGUCAUCCAGUUCGACUUUCAUUCUAGAAUCUCAAGGUUAUCCUGAGCCAUCUGUUUUCUGGUAUUGUGCAGAAGAUAAAAAUGUGUUCCUUCAGCCUGAAAUUUCAUUUGAUAAAAGUGAAGACGGUCUUUACUCAUUCCAAAUUAUUCUUAAAGUUGAUAACGCAAAGUUGAACUGUAACCAUGUGGUUGAAAUUCAGAACUCCCUUGUUAACCAGACUGUUACCAGGAAAUUCAACCUCCUUUUACUCCAACAAGAUAGUCAGCGACAAAACCCCAACAAGAACGUGUGGAUUGCUCUCAGCUCCUGUACAAUACUGAUAUUUGCAGCAAUCAUUGUUAUGGUAUUGCUAAUCUGUAAAAGGAAACAUACUCAACAACAGAAAAUUGAAGAAAAAAGAAAGUGUACACUUAUGAGAGUGAUCCCAUGAAUGGAAUAGUUAACUUUUGUUCCUUCUCGGUGAUAGGCAAGGGCAGUAUCUUAUUAUUUGUGAGAAAGCAGAAGUUCAAGAAGAAAGCCCAUCGUAUGUGGUGAAGGUACUUCCACAGUGCUGUUAGCAACAGAGUUACUGGGUGUUGAGCCAGCAACUAUAAAGAAUCAGUGCUUAUAUGUUGUAAUCAAUGUUGGAAGCGAACUUGGAGGGAAAGCUCUUCCAUUGCAGCUACUUGUUCAUUCAGGUGUUGAAGACACAGCUGAAGAAGCAAUGUUUCUCCUAUAGAUUCUAACCACAGUGCAUCUUCUAGGACUAAGUUUUGAUAACUAAAAACUACACUGUUUCUAAACCCACAAGAUCUGUGCUUAAUCUAUGAAUGACUACAGUUUAUAUCUCUGGAGUUACAUAGAAGUUGUUCUCUGCCUUCCCAUCCCAUGUCCUUCUAAAUCAUGGAUUAAAAUGCAAUAAUGUUUGAAGCUUGUGAGCAGCUAGCAGUAAGAACAUGAUGCAUAAAUAGAUAGCUCUGGUUAACUUAACUUUCAACUGCAGCUUUUCAAUGACUGAAAUUAUUUCAAAUUUGGUCAUUUCCAGCUCACAUAGUGAGGUCAUAAUACAGAUAUAUCAAUCAUAAAACAGCCAGAAUCUUCCAAUUACACAAAGAGAAAACGGAGAUGGACAGGCAAAGACAAAUGAUGUCCUGUAAGGGGUAUGAUGUACAUUGUUGCCAGCAGAAAAAGUUGUUUUCCACCCUAAAGCUACAGGAGGAAGGUUGAGUACAAAAAGUCAAAAAUUGUGGCCCCAUAAGUUCACCAUCCAGCAGUGGUGCAGAUAUCAGGGUCACUGGUGCCUUCUGUGUGGUCUUGCCAGUGUUUGUCAAGUCACCAAGAAGUUAUCUAGUUUGCCUGUGCUGGAGUACCAGUGCUGCUAUAGAUGCACUUUCAAUGCAGCUACAAUAUCUGCCACAGCACGUGAGUAAUCAAGGCCCUCUCUACUGGCCUGUCAGACCUUAGCUAUAAUGCUUGCAGCUAUUCUACUCCACAAAGCCAUGCAGGGAAGGAUAGAACUGGAGCUAAUAUUUACAAGUUUUAAUAUUUUUAAAAGAGAUGCACAUUUUGAACAUAUCUCUAAUCAUGCUACCAUACCAACUAUUUAUAGGUGGACAAGUGAAGCCCCAGUUACAUUAUCCCAGUUACAAGUGAGCUCAGCCUUUUUGUACAAGUAAACACAAUUAAUAUACAACAUUAGCCUCCUUAUUGGGGAUGAUCAAGUUUAAAAAAAACUUAGUUCCACUUUUGGGGAUCCUCUGCGGGGGAUCCACUUAAGCCUAUUUAGGGGCAAGUAUUAUUCACCUCAUCUGAUUUCUCAGCCCUGUGUUGGAAACCAAAAAUAAUAGUGCAGCUGGAAACUUUGUUUUUGGGAGACCCUGGCCCUAGUGUAGCCUUAUUAACAUUUGCUGUAAAAGGAGAAGAUAGCAGAACCUUUCUAUACUUAAAACAGGGUCUCAGUCAUGUUCUAACACAGUGUGAAGCUAGAUGAACACAGCAGGCCAACCAGCAUCAGAGGAGCAAACCUCCUCCUCUGAUGCUGCUUGGCCUGCUGUGUUCAUCCAGCUUCACAGUAUUAUCCCAGAUUCUCUAGCACCUACAGUUCCUACUAUCUCAGUCAUGUUCUCUUUGGUUUUGACACAUUCGUGCAAAAUUGAAGUUGAGCAGAACCUAUGUGGACUUUUAGGGCCCAGGAGUUUAUGAAAUACGCCUUAACUUGUUUUGUAAUUCAAUACUUAAUAAUAAUUUCUUCACAAUAAAUACCGGAUUCUAAUCUAAUGCAUCCUCUAAGUUUGGUUCACGGUCAGAUUGAUCACUUUAUGUAUAUGCCCACAACUUCUAUAUUCAAAUCACUUCAUUGGAGCCAAAUAUCAGACAGGAUGUAAACCCCAAAUGAGGCCCAUUUCAGGUUGGACACAGACAUUUGGACGCUACUGUAAUCUGAUGUGUUUUAAUUUUAAAGUAAUUUAUAUUUUUAAACUAAGUAUGUGGAAUUUUGUAUGUUAAGAGAAUGGAGUAUUUUUAUUCAAACAAACAGUUUUCUAAAUAAAUUGUCUUCCGUUUUACAA